GUCAGCGGCGCCGCGGACCCGCGCCCGAGGGGCUCCCGUUUCAGAGCCCACCAUGAAGAGAAUCCUGGUGCUUUGUGACUGCGUCUGGGCCUGGAGCCUCCUUCUGAAUGCACUGACUGAAAGAAGCUAUGGACAAACCUCAUCACAAGAUGAACUUAAAGACAACACCACAGUAUUUACCAGAAUAUUGGAUCGUCUGCUGGAUGGUUAUGAUAACCGCUUGAGACCAGGACUGGGAGAGCGUGUAACUGAAGUGAAGACUGACAUCUUCGUCACCAGUUUUGGGCCUGUUUCAGACCAUGAUAUGGAAUACACUAUAGAUGUAUUCUUCCGCCAAAGCUGGAAAGAUGAGAGAUUAAAAUUCAAAGGACCUAUGACUGUUCUCCGGUUAAAUAAUUUAAUGGCCAGCAAAAUUUGGACACCUGAUACCUUUUUCCACAAUGGAAAGAAGUCAGUGGCUCAUAACAUGACGAUGCCAAAUAAACUGUUACGAAUUACAGAGGAUGGGACAUUGCUGUACACAAUGAGAUUGACUGUGAGAGCAGAAUGUCCAAUGCAUUUAGAAGACUUUCCUAUGGAUGCACAUGCUUGCCCCUUGAAAUUUGGAAGCUAUGCUUAUACCAGAGCAGAGGUCGUGUACGAAUGGACACGGGAACCAGCAAGGUCAGUGGUUGUGGCUGAAGACGGCUCUCGAUUGAACCAAUAUGAUCUGCUUGGACAAACGGUGGACUCUGGAAUUGUUCAGUCCAGUACAGGGGAAUAUGUUGUUAUGACUACACAUUUUCAUUUGAAGAGAAAGAUUGGUUACUUUGUCAUCCAGACUUAUCUGCCAUGCAUCAUGACAGUGAUACUGUCACAGGUGUCCUUCUGGCUUAAUAGAGAAUCUGUUCCAGCAAGAACUGUAUUUGGAGUGACAACUGUCCUGACAAUGACUACUCUGAGCAUCAGCGCAAGGAAUUCGCUCCCCAAGGUGGCCUAUGCCACUGCUAUGGAUUGGUUUAUAGCGGUGUGCUAUGCCUUUGUGUUUUCUGCACUCAUCGAAUUUGCAACAGUGAAUUACUUCACAAAGAGAGGCUAUGCAUGGGAUGGCAAAAGUGUCGUUCCUGAAAAGCCAAAGAAAGUGAAAGAUCCUCUCAUUAAGAAAAAUAACACGUACACAGCUGCAGCUACAAGCUACACCCCUAAUAUUGCAAGGGACCCUGGGCUGGCAACCAUUGCUAAAAGUGCAACGAUUGAGCCCAAAGAAGUUAAGCCAGAAACAAAACCUGCAGAACCCAAGAAAACUUUUAACAGCGUCAGUAAAAUUGAUCGACUAUCAAGAAUAGCCUUCCCAUUGCUUUUUGGAAUCUUUAACUUAGUCUAUUGGGCUACCUAUUUAAACCGAGAGCCCCAGUUAAAAGCUCCAACUCCACAUCAAUAA